UGGCAAGCUGUUGGGCAUGAUCAUACAUAGUAUUUAGAACUGGAUGUGGAACACGACUGCCUGGAAGUUGCUACUUGAUGCAAGCAUGUGUUCAAACAAUCAGCAAGGAGAGAGAGAGAGAGACCGACUUAUGUAUGAGUAUGAGCUGUGGUAUUGAGAGAAGCAUGUGCCCAUUUUUGUUCCAGUAUGAAAGGCGAGGAAGAUGAGGAUCUCGUCUUAAUUGACUUGCGCGAUCUCCACGGUCCUUCCCAGACUUAUGUAGGAGUUACUCAACUAUUCAAAGUGACUUUUUUCCCCGAAAUUUCCCGGAUUCCUUAUUCCCGGUUAAACCACUUUUUUUUUACACCGAAAUACAACUUUGCGUGGCUCGUUGACUGAUUUUUGGUAUUCUCUAAUAAACCGAUUUAGAUUUUCCGUCCUUUUGCACUAGCUCCUCACCACGUGAUCUGUUGUUUCAAGAUGAUUCGUCCUCAUCGUCCGGACAUUGAGACAGCACUGCUGUCUCCAGAUGGGAGAAGAUACGUGCGUCGAUGCGCAGGUGGCGAGGAUUCUUUCGCCGGCGACAUCUAUAGUCGUAGUUGUGCGAUUGCAGUGGAGAGGACUACAACAAGCACUACAACAGGAAUUGGGAAUAAGGGUUGUGGUUAUGCUGGUCAACGUCAUCCGGAAGAUCCAGUGACACUGCAUUCUCUACCUUUCGCGCGUUUGAUGAAAGCAGGACUUUUGUCGCGCGAAACGUAUGGGAUUUACCGUGAUGUGAUGGCGCGAGAAGUCUUGCGGAGUAUCCAAGGUGGAUUUGGAACGUUGACGAUGAAAUUACCUUCGGAUUUAGUUACGACGAAUGGCCGUCGUGGUGCGAAGAGUCAGCCUGUAGUGCCAAGUGUGGUCUUGCAAGAGUGUCAGGCGAAAUGGCAGGAAAUUGGAAGAUCGGUCUUUUAUACAGCUAAAAAUUCCAGCAAUGCUGGUACUACGAAUAUUAGUAGGAAGAGAAAGCCCCUGUCUAAGGUCGAAAAAGCUGCAGAGGAGGCUGCAAGUCAGCUAAGCGCUCUAUUUCGGGACAUCGUCAUCGAAAAAGGUGACCAUGUACACGAAACACUGUGUCAGGAGAAUCCUGCAUUAGCAUUAGCGGUUUGUUUGGCUGCGGUAACACGUUUGCAUGCAGAGAUUGGGAAGUGGAUGAACGCUCUCGCUGCUGUUGACGAAGAGCCUGUCGAAGAUGAGGGAGAGGGAGAAGCCACUCUUGGUGCUGUUGACGAAGAGCCUGGCAAGAUGUCCGCGAAAGAGCAAGGGGAAAUCACAGCUUAUAUUCAAGAACACUAUGGUCACGGGGAUCAGAUGGAGGAUGGGACCAUGACAGAGACGAAUGAAGACGAAAAUGGCUCGAAAGCAAAUGCUACAGCAGGCGAAGAUAAAGAACCCGUCAAGACCACCCGCACAGUGUACUCUCAAAAGCAUCCGUUUUUAGCUUGGAUUGCAGCUUUCUCGGAUCCAAAAUUUCAGGAAAUGGCUGAUCAGUUUGAUAGCUGCGUUUUGGAGGCUUUGUGCAAGGAGCAGCAUAGGACUUCGGACGACAUGACUGAAGCCGGAGAAGAGCAAGAAUCCCGAGAAGAGAAGACCCAACUCAAAGAACGCUGCGCCUCCCUUUAUUCAGAGAUACUCAAAAUUCUAGCCUUCGACAUCAUGGGUGUGUGUGCGGAGGAGGAUCCUGUGAUAAAUUCUCCAGCAAAUUUGGAGAAGUACUUUUUGACGGUUGAAGGUUUUGGAAGUGCUUCGAAUGAUGAUACGGAGAACGCAGAGGCAACGGUUCGGGAUCAAACGUUUUUUCCUAGUGCGAUUUUGGGAAAGCAUCGCUCUUUGGGUGCCGGAGGCGAGAAAACAAACACUCUUCGUGGGGUUUCUCCACCCGUCCUUAUUCUCGCUGGUGCAGCAGGGUCGCAAACCAUUGCGGAAGAUGUGAGGACAAUCGAACGUCUAGGCGCCUGGGCGAAGGUGGUCGUGGUGCCUGGGAGUAAGGACAUGGAUAUUGUAAGCCCAGGAGCUGAAGGAGGCGACGACAAUAGAGACACUGGCGAUAAGGGAGGAACUAGCGGAACUUCAGGCACACGCGCUCAGACCGAAUUCUUUAACCAAAGUAGGCGUCGGGAAGACGCUCUGAAUGUCCGGCACCAACUCCAAGAAGCUCUAAGUGUGAGUCAAAACAUGCCUUCUGAAGAUGAUGAGCGAGGAGUAGAACAAGGCACUUUCUAUCCUCUACGUGUCGUCAAAACUGCUCCUCUUUCCGGUGCGACUUUUAGCGCUGAGCAGAGAGAAGUAGUCUCAGCAAUAGUUGAAGAAUUGAUGGAGCAUGACGUUCGAUGUCUAGAAGACGCAUAUGCCGAAACGGCGGCUGAGAGUGGAAGCAAAGGUCCGAAAACGGCUGGUGCUUUAUUGGUUUGUGAUUUGCUGUCGUCCUCAUUCGGAACUGGAGGAGCUGCGGCAUCUCCUAAAGCGCCUAAAGAUGCUUCCAAAAACACGUCUACUACUUCUUUCGCGGACGUACUCACCACUGUGGAGCCACUAUUGUCUCGAUCAGUAGUCCUCGUGGCCGAUUGUGCGAGUCUAGGAACAAUACUGUCCAGAAGCGACCGCGAGAUCGAGAAUGAUCCUGACGGCGCAGCGGCAGAGCUAUUUAGGAAAAUUAUGGGCGUAAACAGUUUGGUUCUGGUGACGGAGCAUCAAAAGAAGCAAGACCAGAAAGGCGUAAAGGACGCGAACAAGCAGAACAAAAAUGGGCAGAAGAUGGCUGACGUUUUGAUGACGUGUUUCGUAUCGAUCAUCCUUCCACCUGGACAUGCUAUUUUGAAAAGAAGCGACGACCUUGCGAACCAAGUGGGCUUGAAGGACAUUUCGACGUCUGUGCGGGAUCACAAUCUAACGCGCCGUUUAGAAAUAGCGGAAGCGUUGAGCAGUAACAAUUUUUACGGUGCUGAAGAUAGUGUAGUAACAUCAGGAGUGAACAACUACACUGCAGAUCCAAUGUUUGGCGUAGAUGCCUCAGGAGCAGACUUGGACCUUCGUAUCAGUUCUACUGUGCAGCUGUUACCACUGAGUGGUGGCGGAAAGGCUCCUUCGGCUACCAAAAUUUUGCAAGUAAGGUUGGAUUUCGAAAGCACUAACAUCACGCCAACAAGGAACCCACCACCAGCAGCUCAUCAAGCUCAACGACCGCCGUUAUUGUCUUUUUCUGGAUUCAGGCCGACGCUCAGUUCUGCUGUGGCAGCAGGACUUGGCAGAGUGGUAUCGAUGAAUGAGAUGCGUCUGGCUUUAGCUGAGAAUCUACCCAGGAUAGUUUCUGAGGCUAUGUUUUUUUCAAUAAGUGCAGCUACAGCUUCUCAAAGAAGUGGCGAGACGGUUCUGAUGCAUAGACGGGGGAUGCUUUUAGGCCUGGUGUAA